GCAACGUACCCUCCAACAAAAACCAUUCCCAUUGGUCCUCCCGCUGCUCCCUACCUCGACACGUCACCCCAUUCAGCCAGGGCCUUUCUAAUUAUAGCCUUGGUUUGGAGCAGUUUCUUCAGUAAAAAGGUAACGCCAGGUCCUGUCUGGAACAGCCUGAAUCUUGGAAUCAUCCCAAUCGCUAGAUAACGUUUAUAUAGUAUACAGACAAUGUACUCAGGAGCAUCCUCAUGGUUUGUGACGACUUCCCUGUUGUGCAGACGAACCUCCAGCUUGCGCUGCUCAACUAUGUGGCCCUCUCUGCAUUCUAAACUUAUGACAAUACAAACCAUGUUCAUGUGACCUGCAUUUUCUCGUCCCGGUACGAUUCUAGUGAAUCGACACUUCAGCUCCAGCAAGGCACUGUGUGGUCUACUACUGAAGAAGCUCCUCUUACAAUAAUGAAGGCCAGUCCAAGAAGGCCUUUGAUUCUGAAAAGGAGGAAACGUCCCCUUACUUUCAAUAAUCCGGUGGAUAUAAAGGAGAAUCCUCCUGAAGACAAGAAUGAUGGGAGUAAACACAAACCCGAGACUAGAGAUUUUGACACAGAGAGCACUUGUUCAACAAAGGAUGACCUGGGAAACUCUCAGAAACACACAGCCAUUGAGACUCAAAAGUUCCCUGAGAGGAUUCGGAUUGUAAACCAUCCUUCACUGCCCAACACUCAGGUUGUGUUAAUUCCUAAAAAUGCAGAUCUUCAAAGCAUCAUAGCAGCACUCACGGCAAAGGGAAAAGAGAGUGGCUCCAAUGGGCCCAAGAAAUUUAUUCUUUUGAGCGGUAAUGCACCUUCCUCCUCCCGCCAGAGCCAGUCCUUGGGAAGUAAUGAUCCUUGUGCACCACUUCUGGAAAGGGGAAAAAAGUUCCUGGAAUUACAGGAGGAUCCAAGCUUAACAGUUGCUAACUCAAGUGGCAAGGUGGCCAUACCAGAUUUUAUAAGUAAUAUCAGCAUCAAAAAGGAGGAUGAUCUCCCGCUUCAAGUCCCUCAAACACCAUUUCCUUCAUCUCUGUAUGACCAAGAGGCUGGUACAGCUCCUACAGUUCCUGAGCGCCUUCUCCUGAACGACAGUCUGACCAACAUUCAAUGGCUGGGUAAAAUGAGUACGGAUAGCCUAGGGGCUUGCAGCGUGAAAGAUGAAGCUGAGAAAGAAAACCAAGAGCCUCCACCAGAAAGUGCCACUCUGGAGUCUGUUCAUGAAAGGCCUCCAUACUCCUAUAUGGCCAUGAUUCAGUUUGCAAUAAAUAGUACCCAGAGCAAGAGGAUGACUCUGAAGGAAAUCUACACCUGGAUUGAGGAUCAUUUCCCGUACUUCAAGCAUGUUGCCAAACCCGGUUGGAAGAACUCUAUUCGGCACAACCUGUCUCUGCAUGAUAUGUUCAUACGUCAGACAUCUCAUAAUGGCAAGAUAUCACACUGGACAAUCCGUGCUGAAGCCAACCGCUUUUUGACAUUGGAUCAGGUUGUUAAGUCAUCGGAUUACAGCCCAACUGACCAAACCCAUUGGAUCCAAGCAGUGCCUGUGCUGGUCUGUCAACAACAACAAAAGCGAACUGGCAAUGCUGAGCUGCCAAAGAGUAAUGUCGCUCUCAGCACAGAAGUUAAUCUGAGAAAGAUGAAGCCACUGUUGCCUCGGACUGACUCCUACCUGGUACCCAUUCAGUUGCCGGUCAACUCCUCCCUCAUCCUGCAGCCAUCUCCUCACAUCACCCUACCAACAAUCCAGGGGCACCGUUCCUCAACUAGCAGCAGUAGCGAGUUGGCCAGGAAGCGCAAGCGUGUUCGGAUUGCACCAAAGGUUCCAAAUGAGAGUCUGAGUUGUAAUCAUCCUGUAACCUCAAUAAAGGAUUCUGAGAAAUUGAUGCUGAUUCCAACAAUCCCUCCAGUUACUGAUAUUCAAGAGAAUUCUGCAACAGCAAAAGCCUGCGAGGUCUCCAAGGAGAGCAGUUCCAGACGAAAACAGAGGCAUGUUCUUCAGCCUGUUGAGGAGCCUGUUCUUCUGUUCCCAGAAGCCAGUGAGCCCAUAGCAGAGAGUGGACCAGAUUUGGGUUUUGUGUCUGGUUUCAAUGAAUCCAGAACCCUGGAGCAAUGCUCAGAUUUUGCCAACACCAGCAUAGAUUAUAACUUCAAAACACCCAUUAAAGAGAAGCCCCAUGAUCUGCCUGCCUCCUCCACCCCCAGUAAAGGCACCAGUGAGAGCUCUCCAGUCACUGUAGCAAACAGCUGGAAGAUUGCACUGACCCCUUUGAAAAAAGACGACAGCCUAUUUGAGUUCAGUCCUGUGAGGACACCAUGUGGUUCCUUCCUAACACCAUUGCGUAAUAACACAGGCAACCUGAGUUUUAGUAGUACACCAUUUAAGGACUUUGCUCUCUUUGAGUCACCACGCGAGCUCUUGAACUCCCCAGUUAAUGAUCUUGCGCCUGACACAGGAUCCUCCCCUCUUUCAGAGGGCAAUUCCAGAAGAUGUUCUCGAGAACUUCAGAUAAAUACAAACUGUAACACCAAAGCAAACAAGUCUUUGACUGAAGGCUUGGUCUUGGACACUCUCAAUGACAGUCUUAGUAAAAUAUUCCUGGACAUUAGCUUCACUGGCCUGGAGGAUGAGGACUACGAACUCGGGAAAAUGAGUUGGUCAACACUAAUUCCAGAACUGAGAUAAUUCACUUUGUGAGGAGGGGAGUUUUGCUGCUUAGAUAUUUUUAUUCUUGAUGUUAAAACCAUUUCAUGUUCAAGCUGGUGUAGCUAUCGAGUCAGAAUUAGAAAAAUCUUCUUGGACUAAAGCCUUUGGCAAUAUUUCAGGUUGUUUUUGAAGUCGUCAGUUCCUAGUGUCUGUAUCUAUAAGUAUUUAGUUCCUCACCCAACUGGACUAUGCUUACUGUAACUAGAUUAAUCACUGUUCAUUGUUAUCCUUUGCACUUGUCUGUGAGUGUCUGCCAUACUGUGUAUUGAUUUGAUAUAUAUGUGUGUGUGUAUGUGUGCAUGCGCGCAUGCUGUGUUUGCUGCUGCUUUAUCUUCCUGGAUACAGGACAUUGGGCCACUUUUAAAGGCCUUGAGACCUCCCUAACACUGCAUUUCUGAUGAUAGUCAGCAAAUUCCUUGACUUUGACUAUAGAUUUUCUUAUUUCUUGGUGUCUUCUCAGGGAAUGUCAGAAAGUUUUGUAUAUUGUACUUGUAAAUAUAUUUUUAAAAAUGUAAAGAGGAAACUAUGAAGGGGAAUAUGAGCCCUGUAAUGCAUAGGGAGAGGAGAAUGUGACUUUCUUAAUUUCAGUGAAGGUCUGAUCUUAACUGAAGCUUGUUGUCUAGUUAAUAAGAUAUGAGAUAAUGCAGGCAAGUCAUAGUUGAUCAGUGUUGAUAUAAAUUGUCCAUCUUCGUAUCUCAGAGAUUGACAUUAGUAGUUGCAUUUCAUACAGCAGCUGGCAGCAUUCAGUUCCAGCCCAAGAGUUUUUAACAGAAAAUGCUGGAAAUUAGUCAGUAUCUGACUAGUUAACAAUUUGUCAAAGAUGCAGUAUUUUUCCAGAUAUUUCAUUAUUUCAGAUUUCUAUUUCUUGAAAUUUGUUUUUUCUUCAUAUACUCCAAUUCCCAGGAAGAAAGGAACACUUUGUAUCUGUAUCAGCUUUGUUUUCUGUUGUCAGAUAUCUGCUCACUGGAUCAAGCCCCCUUCUACCUGACCAGUGUAACCACAUUAUUCUGUGUAUUGCUACAUAGGUUGCAAAUCAUCUUGUUAAAAAUAUUGAAAUACUCGCUUAAAUGUGCGAAGUUUGGGUUAGGUGUUUUAAACAUAUGAUGUAUUCCAGAUUAAAUGUGGUAUUGGUACUGAAUGUGAACAGUCCCUUACUGUGACAUACUUUAAUAAAGUGAACAACAGAAUAUUGUAAUGCCGCACUCUAAAAUAGCAGCUACAAAUAGUCUUUGAGAUGGGGAUUUGGAAUCUAUAUUAUACUGCAGUUUUAAACUAACCAAGAGCCUUAGGUUGCACCUUGUGCUUCCAAGUUACUUGCCCUUGACUUCCUACUUUGGCAAAUAAGAAAAUUAUCUCUUAGCUAAGGCCUUUACGUAGUUCAUUGAUCACAUCUGUCACCCACUUUUGAAUAGUAGAUGGUUUAUCAUAUAAACUAAUUUAGUAGUUUGGCAUCCUGUUGCAGGAAUGCAUUUCUUUGGGAAACACCAAUGGUUCUAUCUUCAUUUACUAUGCUUUAACAGAUUUUUUGCUCAUCAGUCAAUGUCAGGUUUAAGACUUAACAAUUAAUCCAGCAUCAAUUGCCAUUUGCAGAACAAAGUUCCAAAGUUCUACCAGUGUCUCUUUCCUAAUUCACUUCUGAAAAGUUUGUCUCUAAACUUUAGACUAUGGUCCCCAUCUUAGAUUUUAUCUAUUGUAUCUAUUCCCCUUAAUAUUUUGAAAACAUUAAUCAAAUCACCCAUAUGGAUUCUUUUGGAAUUUGGAGACUGAUAUGUGCAAUCUUUCCUCGUAAUUUAACUUUCCAGUAUCAUUCCAAUAAAUUUAUGCCUCAUUGCUCGAAGUGAUAUAUAUCACAGUAUGGUGGCCAGAAAUGUGGUGUAACCAGAAAGUUGCACAGCUGAAGAACUCUAUUCUAGUACAGUUUUAUUUUCUUGGCAAUUAUUUUCUGCACGUUUUGCAUUCUGCUUAAUAUUCUUAUUUUAUGGAUUUGUUGCUCAUUAUAAAUCUCUUAUUUACAUUUUAAUCAGUUUUAUUACAGUCUGAUUUGGAUACCCUUUCUUUCUCUCAUGUAUAUAAUAUCUUAACUGUACCAUGACUUUGCGUGCAUUCCACUGUUUACUAAGUGUUUUACUUUUGCCAAUAUUGGCUUCCUGUCUCCUGAUCGAGCUCACUUAAAUUAGUCCUCUUCACCUUGACUAUUCAUUUGAUUCAAAAAACAAAAUGCUGGAAAUGAGAAAUAAGAACAACAAAUCCUGGAAAAACUCAGCAUCUGUGGAGAGAGGAGCAGAUUUAAAGGGCAUGAUUUUACCAAUACAAUAGAGAUCCUCACAUCGAUCAGAAAUGCAUUCAUAGGUAGCCAAUGAAACCUUUCUCCUAAUUUUAUGGGCAACAGCUCAUAAGUGGUUUCUGAGCCCAACUGGAAUCACAACAGCCCACAAUCAGGAAUUGUGACCAUGAGAAGGCAACGCAGGAGCCUUGCAGCAUUGAGGAGGUACUCUGAAAAAUAGUUUUAAAAAUGUUUGAUGAUUCAAGGAAACGCCUUUGAAGAAAUAGUGGAGACUGCCCAUGGCUCCCUCUAAGGUUCUAAAGAACAACCCCCACCACGCUACAACUGGGUGGCUGCCCUCAAUCAGCUGGAAAUGGCCUAUACUUAUUCAAAUUGGCUUCCCACCUCCUUGUAGCUGGGAAACCAAUCUGCAGGAGCUCCCUACGAUUUUACUCAUUCCCCACUUUGAUUUUAUUUUUCUCAUUUGUACUUCGAUAACUGAAGUUCCCAACUAUUACUACUUAUAAUAUUUUUAACUUUGCUGAAAUUUACUGCAGAUUUACUCCUCUAUCUCUUCCCCAGUAUCUGUUGUUCUACAGGAUACACCCAAAAAAAUGCUGUUCUUAAAUCGUCUAGCACAUCAUCCUUCCCAGAACUACAACAUUUUCUAGUCAUACCAUUUUUGCCAUCCUAUAUUUUUUCCUUCUCAAUCCCUCUUGAGUAUAUGAAAUGGUCACAUGUAGAUGCUUCUGUGAAGCAGAGACCAGGAAGGUACUGUGCAGAUAAGUUUCACUUUCGUAGCCGGAAUGUGAAGCUUCCAAUUUCCUUAAUUGAGAAAGACUUCCAUAUUGCCACUCAUCAUAUCUCUAUCUGACAAGUUGUGCAUGGAGUUUACCAACCUUAUUUCUCAAUCCCUGUAUUUAUGUAAUCCUGCAGUUGUCUACUUUGCAUUUCUCUCCUAUUUGAUUCCUCCUUUUCUGAAUUAUAAUUUAUGUUUUAAUGCUGUUUAUUUUUACCAGUUGUAAAUGCUUCUUGUUUCUUUGACACUUUGCCCUGAUUUUCCUCUUCCUGUCCAUAAAGUUUUAAGACUUUACCCCACGACACAAACUAACCUUCCUUUUGUGGAUAAUUAUCCCAACCCUGAUUAGAUGCAACCUGUUUUUUUUUCUGCAAGACGCUCAUAUCCAAAUUGGUCUCAAUGCUUUGGGAAUCUGAAGCCCUCCCUCCCUUCUGCGUCAUUUCACAACAUCUACUGCAUGCUUCAGAUUCUAUUAAAAACUCUAUCAGUAAAUCUGCAAUUAUUUUCAGUUAAGUCUUGAUCUGACUUCUUUCAAGCAAGGUCUGUGAAUAAAGGGUUAUCUCAUACACCUGAAAAAUAUCUCAUAUUUUACUGUGCAUAAGUUGUCAGGCUGAGAGACAGGUUUUUGAAAGACUCCACAUUCUGGUUUGAUGUGUCAUUAGUGCUAGGCCAAACAUCAUGCUUUGCUUGUUGCUCUCUAAAUGUUUUCAUUUACAUUUUUUCCUUUCUGAGGAAAUGGUGGCCUGUGCAUCAAGAGGCAGUUUGGAAUUCUUGGGAAGAAUGGUUUUCCCUGCACAACCUGUUGGAAGGGUGUGAGCUAUAGAUUGCAUUUGCCGAUUAUCUAUGCAUCCUCCAAUGCUCAGCCAGUAAAAGUUUUCUUUUCAGAAAUUGAUACGUGCAGAAGUUUCUGUGCGGAUAAGCAACGAGCUUCCCUUUCGUAGAGGGACUUUUUAAAAUGCUUAACCAGGCAACUGGUUAAGAGGAGCAUUUAGUUCUUGCCAAAGCGAUUCAAUUACAAUGAUGCUAGUAGAAAAAGUUAACUGACAGGACAGUUUGUAAUCUUUGAAUUUUUUGUUAUUCCAUUUGUGGUGCUUUGGAGGCUUUUCAAUACAGUUUGGUAUUAAUUUUUUUUUUGGUUUUUGUGGUGUGAUCAUGUCAAUGACAUCAGGAUCAAAACCACUUUGAAAUUGUUAUCGGUUGCAUCGACUGACGAGACUACUGGUUGCCCCCAUGCUCCUUACUGCUGCCAAUCAGAGAUGUAUUGGUCUCUGUGCUUAACCAAUAGAAAUUAUAUUUUUGAAGGACAGUGUUAACUAUGUUUUUUGUAAAAAGAGUUAUGAUCUGCUUCUGCUUUGCAUCCCGACAACGGGCCUAUUAGUGUACUACUGAAACUCCUUUCUCUGACUCCACGCAAACCUGAAUUUGUAAUGGCUAUUAGUUUGGCAGUUAAACAUCCCCACAGCUGAGUUACUAGAUCAUGCGACAGCAACAGUAGUUGUAAAUUAUGAACUAUACAGUUUUUCCAGCUUGCAGUUCAUGUAAAUAUUUCAAAAUAACCUACUUGUAAAUGCUCCAGAUUUUCUUAAUGCACCUUAAUAAAAAGAACGCAAUCUGUGCCUCAGACAUGUAAUUUCAAUAUAAACAGCCCAUUGUGAAACUGUGUGUGCUUGGUACAUUGGCUACUGUACAGUGAUCAAAUGUCAAUAAAUAAAAACUUU